CAAGUGGGCUAAGGGACCUUUUCCGUAAGGGGGAGGAGUUACGACGCAAGGGGGUGGAGCUAGGCCAGCGGGAUAGUUCCUCUGCUAUCCACGCCACCAACUAUUACCUUUAGUAAUUAGGUGGUGAGCGAAGCGGAGCGGAGCGAGCCACCGUGCCCGAAGCGUGGCGAGCGAAGCGAGCCCGCGAGGGUACUUUUCGGGUACCCUGUUCGCCCGUAGCUCCUCCCCCUGGUGACGUAGCUCCUCCCCUCAAUACGUCACAAGGUCCCUUCAGCCCCUCCGAUAUAGAACCAACCGCUGCUAAACCGAGCAGAAUAGAUCUGUGUGGAGGAGCUGCAGGCAGAACGAAGAAGGGAGGCUCAAUUUCUUCAGAUGUGCUGUAGAGAAACCAUCAUAUAGGUCUCCGCACAAUGCUGCACAUACACAGGAAGUGCUCUCUAUCAGAGAGGUUGAUCCGUACAAUUUCCUCCAUCCGAUCCCUCCCCGGAGACACUGUGGAGUCUCUUAUCCGCAAGGGAGCUGACGUAAACAGUCCUCACGACACCCUGAUGCCGCUGCACAGCGCCUGCAUGGUGUGUGACGCAGACUGCGUGGAACUGCUGUUGGAGAGCGGAGCUCAUGUCAGUACGGUAAACUCCCUAGAUGGGUACCAGCGCACGGCCCUGCACUAUGCAGCCGAGAAGGACGAGACGUGUGUGGAGAUUCUCCUGGAAUACAGCGCUGACCCCAAUGCCCAAGAUGGGAAUCAGGACACUCCCUUGCACUGGGCUGCUUUCAAAAAUAUGGACGGCUGUGUGCAGGCGCUACUGGAGGGGGGCGCUAAGGUGAAUGCCGUAGACUACAACAAGGACACCCCACUAAGCUGGGCUGUCAUGAAAGGCAACCUGGAAAGCGUGCGGUUGCUCCUGGACUAUGGAGCACUGCCGGACACUACCAACCUCAAAGGUCAGUACCCAGCUGGGAGACUCGUGGCUCUUAUGGGUCGUGGCCUGGGCGGUGAGAGGGAGGAGGAAUGCCUGGCACUGCUGCACAGAGCUUGUGGAAAGCUCCGCUUUAGAAGAGAGGGCGGCGUGCCUCCCGAAGCUGCACGUGAUGCCCAGCUGUGCCAGCGACUUGCCAAACUCAUCUCUGACCCCGGCUCCUUGAAAGCUUUGGCAAGGAGAGUGGUAAGGGGCAGCCUUGGAGAAUGUCUGUUGUCUCAUGCGGUGCCUGAACUGCCUAUUCCCAAAUCUAUACAGGACUACGUCCUACUUAUAGAAUGAGUACAUUGUAUUGUCAUGGAACAGAGCUGACCGGACAUGGGGACCUCAUUCACUACAGAUGGAAGAACGUUCUAUUGGCUGUCGCCUCUACGGUUUGUGAGACGCCUUAAGGUAGACUGGCAACCUGCACGCCCGGAGUGCUGCCUGGAUGAUUACAGAGAAGGAAACCCAGUCUAAAUAGGAUGAAAUAACAUAGUGCAUGGGUUAUGCAUCAAUGGGUCGACCACGGAAAAGGGCGACAGUCAAUAAGUCAACCACUGUUUGUCAACAUGCACAAGGACUUUAUGGGAAAACAGGUCGACAUGGUAAAAAGCAUGACACAGUAAAUGUCAACACAAAGGUUGACAUGAGGUUUUUUUUAUUAAAUGUUUGGUAUCAUUUUCUCCGUCACAUGACCAGGAACCCCAAUUAGUGCACCGCAUCCCCUUACAUGGCUCGCGCUGCGGGCAAUGUGCUUCGCUGCGCUCGGUGCAGGUUGCUAUUUCCAAUCGUAAUCCACAUGGAUGGUAAAGUAUGAAAAAAUUAAAAAUAAAAAAACAAUGUAAAAAAACCCAUAUCGACCUUUUUCUGUGUCGACCAUUGCCAUGUUGACCUAAUGUAUGUCGACCUAUUGACUGUCACGCUAACAUCCGUGUACUGGGGAGGCAGGUUUGGUCCAUAGAGAAUGCAAUUAUCAGAUUGACCAAGUGGCCCCUCCUGUGCCAAGAUCACGUUGCUGGAAUGAGCAUUGCUAUAUUGGUAUAUGAGGGUGUAAUCAAUAGAUUAACAUUUGAUAAACUCCUUUUACAUCCUUUUCUGUUAUAUACACAUUUAAAAACUGUGUGCUGUGUC